AUGAUCGGUCAGAGUGCCCCCAGCGUUGGGCUGUUUGUCGCAAAUGUAAUAAAAAAGGUCACAUUGCUAAAGUUUGCCGCUCAGCCUCAAAAGAAUCGAAGGAAGCAGAUAAAUGAUGUUAAUUCUAAAUUCAAGGACCUGCAAGAAUUAUUCCAGAACAACUGGACUGGUACCAAGACAAAUUUCAGUUGCAAACAGAAGAAGGAAGGACUGGCAGCAGAGAGAGGAAGCUCCAGCCAGUGCUGUGAGAACCACAGGGACUGGUGCAGUGUAAAGGGGGCAAGUAAAGCAAUGCAGUGUAAAGGUAUGAAAAAUACUUUAAGACCAACAAGUGGAAGCUUCGAACAAUUGAACAAGACAUCAUCUAGAAGAAUAUGUUCAACUUCUGUAAAGAAAAGCCUUGUUGAAGAAAGCGAGCUCAUUAAAAAGGUUAAAUCAGAUGUAAGAAAUGGAAAAAUCUCACAUGCAUAA